CGACUAUCUUAUUUGUGAAUCGUUUCCGACCAAUAGCAUCAUCACAUCUUGGUUCACAUGGCUGCUCCGGCACGACGUAUGAACUUGUUCUACUGGGCACCAACGGAUGAAUUAUGGGGACAUUGUUCAUUAGCCUUGAGUGACGGCACACACAUUAGCUGGUGGCCUAUGACGGAACCGGGAGAAGGAAAGAAGCAUCCCGGAUUAGUCCCUAUUGCACUUUUUACAGAAUGGAUAAACGCAUAUCAAAACCAAACUUUGGCAAAGGAUACUGAAUAUGAGGGGAGACAACCAGCAGUACUAGCAAUUCCUGUUGGUUUAAAUGAAGGCGCUAUAAAAGUUUGGUGGCAAAAAUUCAAACAAUCACAGAAAUACCAGGCUGCUCGUCUCAACUGUUCAACCGUUGUAUUUCUAGCGCUCAAACAAGGAGGAGCACUCAAUGUGGUUCAAGACCCAGGAAACUGGUGGUGGGACCCAGAUCGUACAUUGCAAUUUGCUCGUGCAAUGAAACAUGCAAUGGAGGUGAAAAAGAAGGGGCAGGUACAGUUCCAACAAACGUCACAGGCUUUUACAAGGCAGCUACAACUGGCAAGACAGGCAGCGGACCAAAAGGCUAUGGCAGCACACUAUGCUCCUAUGUACUAAUGGAAACUUACAUUGUUAACAUUGCAAAGUACACAUGCAUAGUGUUUUGUUACUGAAUGUGCUCUCUAACAUUGCUUUACUUAUAAUUUUGAAAAAUUAAAUUUAAAAACCACAAA